CGUGAAUUCCUCGCAUAGCGUUCUGUGUUGAAGGGAAUGAGAGGGAAGGAGGGGUGGAGAAGACUCAACUUCUGCCUUCAGAAGGAAACGCUGUAUUUUUCAUCUCGUCUGUUAUUUACUGAUCCGUAUCUGGACGUUAUCUGGCGAUUAACAGCGUCAGCGUGGGGUUAAGAGGAAGACUGUCACUGUCCGUAUAAGUUGUAGACAUCGUAGAAAACUUUUUUCUGCGUAAUUCUGGAACGCGCAACGUCGUUUGCAGCUGUGCGCCACUCGAAUCGCCUUCAAGACUGGUGGUGGAUAUGAAAUUUCAGUAAACUAUCAUAAAUACAAGAGAAUAAAUACUUUCCCGACCAUGAAACAAUCUGAGUGACUUCCUCUGCCUAAAUGUUUUUGAAGUUGGUCGGAAGGAAAAAUCUUCCCCGUACAGAAUGCUGGACUGAGGGCGCAGUGUGAUGGCAUCGGCUGUUUUUGAGGGCACGUCCCUGGUCAACAUGUUCGUGAAGGAUUGUUGGGUUAACGGGAUACGCAGGCUCAUGAUAAGAGGAGAGGAAGAGGAGUUCUUCGAAAUAAGGACCGAAUGGUCGGACAGAAAUGUCCUUUACCUCCACAGGAGCUAUUCAGAUUUGGGAAGACUUUUAAAAAGACUUUUAGAGUGUUUCCCCGAGGACAGACGAGAUUUAUCCAAGUCUCCUCCUAUUGAAGGCCUUGUGAAGAUCAAAGAAGCGAGAGACAUUGAGACCAAGCUAAAUGAAGUGGAAAGACUGUUGAAGAACGCCAUUAACAUGCCCUGGAAGUUUUCUAGGUCAGAGGUUGUUUUAACAUUCUUUGAACGUUCGCCGCUUGAUCAAGUCCUACGAAAUGACAACGUUCACAAGAUUCAGCCGUGCUUUCAGAGUCUCGUAAACAUUUCAGAGAUCAUGAGGUCUAAUGGAUUCUGCUUGGCCAACACAGAGACCAUUGUGUUCGAUGACAGCGUUCCCCUGGACAAAGAGAGACCUUCUUCCACUGACUCAGCCCACCAUUCGUAUGAUGAGGACGGGAGAGAAUCUCUGGAUCCUGUGGAUCAAGACCUGAGCGAUGAUGAUCCAGAAGCCUACGUCACCAACCUGUCUUACUAUCACCUGGUUCCCUUUGAAACAGACAUCCUGGAUUGACUGUUCUUACAGAAGGUUUACAGAAAUUCCACCUGUAUGCAGAUGCCAUGUUCAGACGCGUAUGCUGCAGAAGCCUUUAUCAUGACAGGAUGGCCAAAUGCAGAGAUAAACACUUCAACAACUUCCUGUGGCUGCUUCUAUUCUGAUUGGCUGGCCUGAGCCCACAGUGAUACUGUGAUCACCCACGUGCCUCAAUGUUUAACACGGUCAUGCUGCUGAUCAAAAAAUAAUAGGAACAACCUGAACAUAUAAGGAAGAGUGGUGCUAUUCUUGGUGUACAGAUUUGAGAAGAACCCAUUUUUUUGGAAGUCUGGGCUGCAUUGACUGUUUUAGGAAUUCAUCUUGCUGUUUUUCGAAGGCCUGAUUCCAGGAAAACAUGCUUUAACAUUUUCGGACAAUCUUGUAACGCAGAUGGAUGUUCUCUUUUUCAAAUGCUCAUUGCAAAAGAAGACCGUUGCAAUCGUAAUGAAACGUAUCAGAACUUAUAAUGUGGAUUCACGCAGGCGCAGAUGUUUUUACGCAGAGGUCUCUUUCACAAUAGACAUUUAAAGAGGCACAUCCCAAUCUUCAGGAGACGUUUUUCAGUGACUAAAAUUAAACUUUGCAUUAAAACCCCUCAGAUCUUACCUCUUUUGUUUUCUGGUCAGAUUUGUUCUGUUGGAGUGUACGAAUUACUUUUCAUAUUAAAACGGAAACCACUGUUGUACUAAUCAUAACAGCUGUUUCAGAAAAACAUUUGAAUUUGCAAAAUUAAAAUCGUUCCAGCUUUGUGGGUUUAGCUCAAAUCUUUAGCUUGAAUCACCCAUACAAGGAGAAAGUGUUGUUUGGCAGGCAUCCAAAGGUCUCUCUUCGCUAUGCAACAGCUCCUUCCCACUGAGGGGGGCGCGUAUUGAGCGAGCCCCCCCCCCCGGGGUUAGCUCGCCACUCAAACAAGCGGCAUCUUUAUUCUAAGAAAACAAAUGCCCAUUUUGUAGAACCAAGCACAAAUUGUGUUUUUUUUAUUCCUGUUGACUUAUGUACCAAAGUUUUCAUGAAUGUGUGAUCUCGUUUACUUGUGACUGCCACUGACCGUGAACAUUGCAUGGAACAGGCUAAAUGAUACAUAUUUAUUUUUUUCUGACGUUUCAUAAAUGCCAGCCAUGAGGUCAGAUUUUUUCAAAGGGUCUUUUCCAUGCAGAAGGACUGUGAAGAAUACUUUCCCUUUUUUCCUUUGAAUACACAGGACGAACAAGCUCACUUGGCAAACUGCUCCCUGUCCACUCAUACAGUUGCACAAACACACACUACUUUGUAAAGCAGUCAUGUUCAUUCUGCUGCCCGUGGGAAAGUUUAGCUUCUUUUUUUAUUUACAAAUUUCAGCGCUUUUCCAAUCCUUCUUAUUUGUGUGACAUCUACAGCAUACAGACAUAUUUUAAAUUAGAUCAGACUAGGUAAAUAUAUUUUUUCAACAUGCAAAUGAACUGAACAACUCAUGCCAUCGUCUGGUAGAAAUAAUUUAUUUUAGCAUUGUUAUAUAUUAUAAUCAUGGGCUGGUUACAUAUCUAGUCGUAUAUUAUUUCUUUGACCUCUGAUUGCAUUUUAAGACUCAUCUGUGUUUAAUGUUAUUUUUGAUCAUUUUUGUAUACAUUGUUGUACAUUUUCAGACUGCCCCUCAUGUUUUAAACACAUAUAGUAUGCACCAUAAAUACAGUAUUAAAGAGACAGGAGCACAAAACAUUAUCAUUGAAAGAAUUACAUCUUACAUAUAUAUCUAAUAGGAAUUACAUGAAAUAAUUUAUGGAUAACUUGCCUUUAAAGCUUGUAUAUGUAAUUAAUGCCGAGUUUGUAUAUAUGAGUUUAGUUGUGUAUAUUGUGUAUAUUGAGUGUUUUUCUCCUUCAUAAAGCUCGGUUUUACCUAGUUAUAAUAUGAAGUCUGAUUCUUUCAAUACAUUUUAUUUAAAGAAAGGAGUUAAAAGCAGCAGUUUAUAAUAUCUAACCUACAUAACCUAGUUAUUUUAGUAUGCAUGAAAACCCCUCUAUUUUGAUCUCACCUGGUUGACAAAUAAACGUAAUUUCUUUCACUUUC